CCUGGAAGUAAGCACGACAGAGUUAAGACCUUAGACCAGACAUUAUAUAUAUAAUAUAACUGUUACAACAUUUAAAACAACAUGUUCCCGCCUGACUUUGCCUGGGGAGCAGCAACCUCAGCGUAUCAGAUAGAAGGCGGGUGGCAGGCGGACGGCAGAGGACCUACUAUCUGGGACACAUUCUGCCAUGAGAAGGGCAGAGUGUUUGGGGACCAAAGUGGAGAUGUGGCCUGCAGCAGCUAUGAACUGUGGGAGAAGGACCUGGCGUGCAUCCAGCAGCUUGGCCUGACGCAUUAUCGCCUGUCUUUCUCCUGGACGCGCCUCCUACCUGAUGGGACUACACAGCACAUCAAUCAGAGAGGUGUCCAGUACUACAACAAAGUGAUUGAUGACUUGCUGGCCUGUAAUGUAUCACCCAUGGUGACUCUGUACCACUUCGACCUGCCUCAAGCUCUCCAAGAUCAAGGAGGUUGGGUGUCACCUGGAAUAGCGACGCACUUCGACAACUACGCCAAGUUUUGUUUCCAGACAUUUGGAGAUCGCGUCAAACUCUGGAUCACAAUCAAUGAGCCGCAAGUUUGUGCCAAACUGGGCCACGAGGAUGGCAUCCACGCGCCGGGGUUAAAGGAAAAAGGCACGACGGCCUACCUGGUGGGGCACAGCAUGCUGCUGGCUCACGCCACAGCCUGGCACAGCUACAACUCUGAGUACCGAGCGAAGCAGAGGGGCGCGGUGUCUCUGGCGCUCAACAGCGACUGGUUCGAGCCACUGGACCCGGGUCGCGGCGAGGAUGUCGCUGCCGCCGAACGGGAGCUGACGUUCACACUGGGGUGGUUUGCGUGGCCCGUGUUCGUCACCGGAGAUUAUCCAGAAACAAUGAGGUCCGCCAUUGAGACUCGGAGUAAGGAGCUGGGAUACGGUGGGGCUCCGAGACUUCCCACAUUCUCAAAAAGUGACCCAACCGUUUUGGGAACAGCGGACUUCUUUGCACUGAACUACUACACGUCCCGCAAAGUCAGGCCGGAAGACGUCAGCGGGCAGACGCUGAGUAUGAGGAGCGACCAAUGGGCAGAGGACGUUUUGGACCCAUCCUGGCCCAUUUCUGGGGUACCCUGGCUGGCAGUAUUUCCCCAUGGCUUAAGAAAACUCCUCAAUUAUAUAAAGGACGCGUUCAACGACCCGGCGGUCUACAUAACGGAGAACGGCUUCGCUCAGGUCGGGCCGCUGCAGGUGGAGGAUCGUCAGCGUUGCGAGUUUUACAGGAGCACCAUCUCGGAAGUGGCUAAAGCUGUGCAGGAAGACGGGGUCGACGUCCGAGGAUAUUUUGCGUGGUCGCUCCUGGACAACUUUGAGUGGGCGGAUGGAUUCAGCGUUCGCUUCGGGCUGUUCCACGUGGACUUCUCUGACGCCGAGCUGACUCGAACCGCGUACCGGUCUGGCCGGGAAUACGCCUCGAUCAUCUCCAAAUACAAAUCUGCUCAAAGCUGACGAGAACAGUCGGCCAAGCGGAUGUGUUUGUUUCAGACCUUUUACAAAAUGUACAACUCUUAAAAUAAAGAUAUGGUUUUAAUUUGCAUUUAUCUGAAGUAACGGGUAGCAGAGGCUUGCCUGUAUCAUUUAUAUCAGUGAUUAAUUAACCAUUAAUGAUGACAUCACAGCAUCGUAGCUUUUCUUUUAAUGUUAUUCUUAAAUUCUGAACUUUACUUGUGUAAAAACAACCCUCUUUUCAUAUGAUCUGCCCCUUAACUCUUCCAGUCAGGCUUGUACAGUAGGUGCUGACGUUCUACAAUAAUGUUACCCAUUAUACUGUAGAGGCAUUUGUCUGGGAUAGAAUUAAUACCAAAACAUGAACUGCGGUAAUGAUGCUUUUUGGAGAGGAACAAUUGCUUUAUUUAUGUGGUCUUACUCAACUUAAAUAAACGUGGCAACGUCAUAAC